GCCAGCUGAUUGAAACUGUUCCACAUCUCUAUCGAUUUUUACCAUUUUAAUCUUUGGCGUAACGUUUUAUAUACAGAAUUUGGAUGAACAGGAGCGUGCCUGAGUAAAAUGUGUGCGCACAUGAAUGCCACAUCUCUUAUGGAAAACUUCAGCUUUGCCAGCAAUCACUCAGAGUGUCACCUAGAUGAGGGCGCAGGGAAGAGGAAGCCGUUUCUAUUCUUCUACCUGGCCGUCAUCAUCAUCGCCAUCCCGUCCAACUCCUUCUCCCUGUAUGUGUCCUGGCAGCACAUCAGACAGAGGAACGAGCUCGGUGUGUAUCUAUUCAACCUGGCACUGAGUGACCUCACCUUCACCGUUGGCCUCUCUCUGUGGCUGGACUUCCUGUGGCAAGGCACUUGGGUUCACGGAGGCCAUGUGUGUGUACUGUCUGUCUACCUCCUCUUCACUAACUUUUAUAUCAGUGACGCCCUCCUAUGCUGCAUCGCCGUGGACCGGUACCUGGCUGUGGUUCACCCAUUAAAGUACUUGUUCUUGAGGAAAGUUGGAACUGCAACGGUGGUCAGCGUUGCCAUUUGGGUCCUGGUGGUCUCUUUCAAUGCUGCCACCAUCACCUGGGACGACUCGUACAAUGAAUACAACAUGGUGUCAGUGUGCUUUGAUAUCUUCCCACUGUCAGAAAAUGUGGCUCGUGUUAAUGUAGUGCGCUUCUUCCUGGGGUUUAUCGUCCCGGUGGUGUUGGUGGUGUGCUCCAGCUGUGGGAUCUGUGAGGCGGUGAAAUCCAACCAGGCUACAGAGGAACAGGAGCGCAAGCGGGUGUCCAGGCUCCUCGGGGUGGUCCUGCUCUGCCUGGGCUUCUGCUUCGGACCCAUCCACAUCAUGAUGCUGCUGCGUUCGCUGACGGAUGACUGCAGGAGCCUUGCGUUGCUCCUCUAUCCCUACAAGAUCAGCUUAGCUAUUUCAAGCCUCAACUGCCUGGUAGACCCAGUCCUCUACUGUUUUGUCACCAGAACAGGCAAGGCCAACGUCACACAGGUUGUUCUUUUCAUUCAGGGCAAGAAGAGGGGCAAAGGUCAAGAUACCAUGUUGCAGGCUAAAUAAAGAACACAAGCCUGUAAAAUACAUUUAAUGUGAUAUUUUACGUUGCAACGGUGUUGGUAAAUGCUGAUCACCUUUCAUAAAAUCAGCACAGAUAUCUCUACUAAUUAAGCAGAGAAUCAUGAAAAGUAAUUGCCCAGAGGAAAUGCAUUUGUUAUGCAAUAGUCUAUUUUUUUAGUGUUUUUCUUCCACAUUUAAUGUCUAGUCAGUAAAAUAAUCUAUGAACUAUACUUUUAACACAACAUCCUGAAAAAGACAACUUGAGCAAAAAGAGUCAGUCUAUUAUAUAAAACAUCCUCUAAGCCCAGGCAAAGAAAUCUAAGGCACUUGAAGGGUUUUCAGUGCCAGUUUGACCCAUGCCCUCACUGGGGUGAUCCAGGAAUAGUUCUUUUGUUUUGUUCACAGAACACAUGCCUCGUGUCAUCAGACCGCUGGCUCUGUGACCAAACCAUAUUUACUCUUCCUGUGUAGCACAUUUGACUGUGGUUUCGCUUCUGUCCUUCUGCCAUACUGCUUUGUAUAU